CCUAGAAUUUUGCUUUGAGCUAAAUGAAAAAGGAAUGUCUCAGAAGCACUGGAGGAUUUCCUGUGGGAGCGCUUCUGGAGUACACUGUGCACCAGGAAUAUGGAGAAGUUGUUCAUCCCGUUGGACGCAGAUUGUUCAGGAGACAGGGGACGUUGACCACUCCCUAAUCUGUUUGAUCCUUGUUAGAAGAUCCCCUCGCUAUAUCGGACCACACACCGGGAACGUGAGUGCUCCUUUGUGUCUUUUCUUGGAUGGCUGUACCAUCCAGCCACACUACAAGAUGGAGCUGCGGAGUUGCAGGAACGAUCUGAUACUUGACCAGCUGCCCAGAGGGGUGAGUGCCAAAGCCAAGAGAGGACGAUGCUACCUGAAGAACCCUCCGGUCCUCAGGUUUCAGCCUGACCAUUUGAAGGCAACAGCAGCUGUUCUGCCAAGAGGCAGCAGCCCGGCCUGAGACUCCCGCUCUCGACAAGUCUGAGGGGAGCGAAAAAUUGGACCCUAAAUUAAGGGCCUUUCUUUGGGAUAUUGCUCACUCCAUCAAACACUUUCCCAUUAUCCCGUGACACUUGGCAGAAAGGGUCCAGGAACAGAAUGCCAAGAUGGCACCCCCGCCAAUACCCCCUGGUCCCGACAGUCUGCGCCGAUUGACUCGCGAGUCCAUUGUCGAAAUAGAGAAGCGGUUUGCUGAGGAGGAAGCCAAGAAGUUGAAGCCGCCAGAGGAGACUCUUGAGGAAGUAGUAGAGCGCAAACCCCGCAGUGAUUUGGAGCAAGGGAAAAGUCUCCCCCUCAUUUAUGGAGACCCUCCUCCAGAACUUCUUGGGGUGGCCCUGGAAGAGCUGGACCCAUUCUACAGUGAUAAGAAAACGUACAUCCUUCUCAGCAAAGGAAAGACAAUUUUCCGGUUCAGUACCACCCCUGCUCUCUAUAUGUUGGAUCCUUUCAACAUUGUCCGGAGGGGUGCCAUCCAAGUGCUUAUACAUUCAUUAUUCAGCAUGUUUAUCAUGAUAACCAUCUUAACCAACUGUGUCUUCAUGGCCAUGAGUAACCCGCCAUCAUGGGCAAAGAAUGUGGAAUAUACCUUUACUGGCAUUUAUACCUUUGAAUCUACGAUCAAGAUAUUGGCCCGGGGUUUCUGCGUUGACAGCUUUACAUUCCUGCGAGAUCCAUGGAACUGGUUGGAUUUCAGUGUCAUCGUUAUGGCUUAUCUUACGGAGUUCGUAGAUUUGGGCAAUGUGUCUGCUCUGCGGACGUUCCGUGUUCUCAGAGCACUUAAAACCAUUACCGUCAUUCCAGGUCUAAAAACAAUUGUGGGUGCCUUGAUCCAGUCUGUGAAGAAGCUCUCCGAUGUCAUGAUUCUCACAGUCUUCUGCUUGGCUGUCUUUGCUCUCAUUGGCUUGCAACUUUUCAUGGGGAACCUGCGACAGAAAUGUGUCCGGUGGCCACCAUUUACUAACGACACCCUAGAAGAAGAUUUCUUUGGGCUAGAAAGCAACUCUACUCUAUAUGACAACUUUGGCAACUCUACCCUAUAUGACAAUGACACUCUUACUAGCAAUUUCACCUUUGACUGGGAUGAAUAUAUCCACAAUGAAGAGAACUUCUAUUUCCUUGAUGGUGCACUUGACGCUCUGCUCUGUGGGAACAGCUCUGACGCUGGACAAUGUCCAGAAGGCUAUCAAUGCAUGAAAGCUGGCCGGAACCCAAACUAUGGCUAUACAAGCUAUGAUACCUUCAGCUGGGCUUUUCUUGCUCUCUUCCGCCUCAUGACUCAGGACUAUUGGGAGAACUUAUUCCAACUGACUCUGCGAGCAGCUGGAAAAACAUACAUGAUCUUUUUCGUCUUGGUCAUAUUCUUGGGCUCUUUCUACCUCAUUAACCUGAUCCUGGCUGUGGUAGCAAUGGCCUAUGAUGAGCAGAAUCAGCAAACCAUGCUGGAGGAACAAGAGAAAGAGGCCGAAUUCCAGCAGAUGAUGGAACAGCUGAAAAAGCACCAGGAAGAACAGGAAAGGCUGCUUCAAGAAGCAGCAGCAAACAGCAGCUCUACAGAGAGUAUUAUAGUGAAGAAUAAGGGGGAGUCGGAUCAAGAGGGGCACAGUGAUCAAGAUGGACCAAAAGACUGUAAUCGGCCGGCCAUCCCACGCUUGGUGCUAGAGCGGUCAGCCACAGUGGAUGAGUCAGAUUCAAUGGAAGAACAUGAGAAGUCUGAUCAGAACCACCUUCAGGUGAACACAGGUCUGGAGAAGCGAGCUGGGAGUGCCCUCAGUAUAGUUUCCAACACCAUGGAAGAACUGGAAGAAGCUCAUCAGAAGUGUCCGCCAUGGUGGUAUAAGUUUGCCAAUGCAGUCCUUGUGUGGAACUGCUGCCCAUUCUGGGUAAAACUGAAACACAUUUUGAAGCUUAUUGUCAUGGACCCCUUUGUGGAUUUGGGGAUCACUAUCUGCAUUGUCCUCAACACUGUCUUCAUGGCCAUGGAACACUACCCAAUGACUGAAGAGUUCAACAAUGUGUUGACUGUGGGGAAUCUGGUCUUCACGGGGAUAUUCACAGCUGAGAUGGUGCUAAAACUGAUUGCUCUAGACCCAUAUGAGUACUUCCAGGUGGGAUGGAACAUCUUUGACAGCAUCAUUGUCACCCUCAGCUUGGUUGAGCUUGCCCUUGCCAAUGUCCAGGGUCUGUCUGUCCUGCGUUCUUUCCGUCUGAUGAGGGUUUUCAAGCUUGCCAAAUCCUGGCCAACUCUCAACAUGCUGAUCAAGAUCAUAGGCAAUUCAGUGGGUGCCCUGGGCAACCUUACUCUGGUGUUGGCCAUCAUCGUUUUCAUCUUCGCUGUAGUGGGCAUGCAGCUCUUUGGGAAAAGCUACAUAGAGUGUGUCUGCAAGAUUUCCAGCGACUGUGAGCUGCCGCGGUGGCACAUGCACGACUUCUUCCACUCCUUCCUUAUUGUCUUCCGCAUCCUCUGUGGGGAAUGGAUUGAGACCAUGUGGGACUGCAUGGAAGUGGCUGGACAGACUUUAUGCCUCAUUGUCUUCAUGAUGGUCAUGGUCAUAGGGAACUUAGUGGUCCUGAACCUUUUCUUAGCUUUGCUGCUGAGCUCCUUCAGUGCUGAUAGUCUGGCAGGAUCUGAUGAAGAUGGAGAGAUGAACAAUUUGCAGAUUGCUAUUGCCAGAAUCACACGAGGGAUUGACUACGUAAAGAAACAUGUACUGCUGUUGCUUCACAGGGAAUUGAAACAAAAGACAGAGCCACCAGCUGAGGAGCAGGAUGACAGCAAGAAGGAAAAUUUUGUUCUCAAUCAUACGGACACAGGCCAGGACUUCAAAUUAGAAAUCAUGGAUGGUAUGCCCAAAAAGGAAGGCCAAGGUUUCAAAUCAGAAUUCAUGGAUGGCCUAUCCAAAAACGAUAGCCAGGACUUCAGAUCUGAUUACAUGGAUGGGAUACGUAGAAAAGAGCCGUUCAUUGAUGAACUGGAGCAAAUGAACUUCAUUAACAAUCCUAACUUGACCAUACAUGUCCCAAUAGCCUCCGAGGAAUCUGACCUUUAUGAUGAAACUGACACAGGUGAAGAGACUGCUGAAGAAACAAAAGAGACCAAGAAGUUUCUGUCUGAUGGAACUGAAUCAUCCAUAUGUAGCACUGUCGAUUACAAGCCCCCAGAUCCUAUGGAGGAGGAAGCGGUGGCAGAGGAGGCAGUGGAAAAUGAUGAGCCAGAGGAAUGCUUCACUGAAGCUUGUGUUCAGAGAUGUCCUUGCCUGUAUGUUGACAUCAAAACAGAAAAAGGGCAAAAGUGGUGGAAUCUUCGGAAGACAUGCUUCAAGAUUGUGGAGCACAACUGGUUUGAGACUUUCAUCAUCUUCAUGAUCCUUCUUAGCAGUGGGGCCCUGGCUUUUGAAGACAUCUACAUUGAGCGACGGCCAGUAAUCCGUACCAUCUUGGAGUAUGCUGACAAAGUCUUCUCAUAUGUUUUUGUUAUUGAGAUGUUGCUGAAAUGGGUAGCGUAUGGAUUCAAGGUCUACUUCACCAAUGCCUGGUGCUGGCUUGACUUCCUCAUUGUUGAUGUCUCCCUCAUUAGUCUGACAGCAAACUGGAUGGGCUAUUCAGAAUUAGGACCCAUCAAAUCUCUAAGGACACUCAGAGCACUGAGACCUCUUCGAGCCUUGUCCAGAUUUGAAGGCAUGAGGGUGGUUGUAAAUGCCCUCCUAGGGGCCAUCCCAUCCAUCAUGAACGUCCUCUUGGUCUGCCUGAUUUUCUGGCUCAUCUUCAGCAUCAUGGGGGUCAACCUCUUUGCCGGGAAGUAUUAUCGUUGUGUCAAUACUACCACGGGAGAGCUCUUUGAAAUCAGUGAAAUUAACAACAAGAGCGACUGUAUGAACCUCAUUAAUAUUGAAAAUGCCACAGACGUUCGGUGGCUCAACGUCAAGGUCAAUUUUGACAACGUGGGCCUGGGUUAUCUCUCACUUUUGCAAGUGGCUACCUUCAAGGGCUGGAUGGACAUCAUGUAUGCAGCCGUUGAUUCCCGUGAGGUGGAGGAACAACCACAAUAUGAAAUCAAUCUCUACAUGUAUAUCUACUUUGUCGUCUUUAUAAUCUUUGGGGCUUUCUUCACCCUCAAUCUGUUUAUUGGUGUCAUCAUUGACAACUUCAACCAGCAGAAGAAAAAGUUUGGAGGAAAGGACAUUUUUAUGACAGAAGAGCAAAAGAAAUACUACAAUGCUAUGAAGAAAUUGGGUUCAAAAAAACCAGUGAAGCCCAUCCCAAGGCCCCAGAACAAAUAUCAAGGAAUGAUCUUUGACUUUGUGACCCAACAAGCCUUUGAUAUAGUCAUUAUGAUCCUCAUUUGUCUUAACAUGGUGACAAUGAUGGUGGAAACAGAUGACCAAAGCCAAACCAAAAUAGACAUCCUCUUCCAAAUCAACCUGAUCUUCAUAGUCAUCUUCACAACUGAAUGUUUCCUCAAAAUGAUUGCCCUGCGGUAUUACUUCUUCACUGUUGGCUGGAACAUCUUUGACUUUGUUGUAGUCAUUCUUUCCAUUGCAGGACUUGUCCUCUCAGACCUCAUUGAGAAGUACUUUGUGUCACCCACCCUCUUCAGGGUGAUCCGUCUGGCUCGAAUUGGGCGUGUUCUCCGACUGAUCCGAGGAGCCAAAGGCAUCCGGACGCUUCUCUUUGCCUUGAUGAUGUCCCUGCCGGCACUUUUCAACAUUGGCCUACUCCUCUUCCUGGUCAUGUUCAUUUUUUCGAUUUUUGGGAUGUCGAACUUUGCUUAUGUGAAAAAGGAAUCUGGUAUUGAUGACAUGUUUAAUUUUGAGACAUUUGGCAACAGCAUCAUCUGCCUUUUCAUGAUCACCACAUCCGCUGGUUGGGAUGGCUUACUGAACCCCAUUCUGAACAGCGCUCCCCCAGACUGUGAUCCUGAUCUGGAGAACCCUGGCAGUGACGUGAAGGGGAAUUGUGGCAACCCUGGUGUGGGCAUCUGCUUUUUCUGCACCUACAUCAUUGUCUCCUUCUUGAUUGUGGUCAACAUGUACAUUGCUAUCAUCCUGGAGAACUUCAAUGUAGCCACAGAGGAGAGCAGUGAACCUCUCUGUGAAGAUGACUUUGAAAUGUUCUACGAGACAUGGGAGAAGUUUGAUCCUGAUGCCACACAGUUUAUUGAUUAUAGCAUUCUCUCUGAAUUUGCAGACACGUUGCAAGAGCCACUGCGAAUUGCUAAACCCAAUAAGAUCAAGUUGGUCACCUUGGACUUGCCCAUGGUUCCUGGGGAUAAGAUACAUUGUCUGGACAUCCUUUUUGCACUUACCAAAGAAGUAUUGGGGGACUCUGGGGAAAUGGACGCCCUAAAGGAAUCAAUGGAGGAGAAAUUUAUGGCUGCCAACCCCUCAAAAGUGUCCUAUGAGCCAAUUACCACCACACUGAAAAGGAAACAUGAGGAAGUAUGUGCCACCAAAAUCCAACGGGCAUUCCGAAGGUAUCUACUAAGACGAUCAGUGAAACAGGCCUCAUAUGUGUACAGACAUAGCCAAGAUGAGGAUACACUAGCAGAAGGAGCUCCAGAGAAAGAAGGGUUGAUUGCAAACAGAAUAAAUACACUGUAUGGAUCUUCAGAGAUGCAAAUGGAAAAUGAAAUAUCUCCAGAAGCAUCUCCACCUAUUGAACUUGAGCCAAUCCCCAGUCCAGAGAACACACAAGAUACUGGUGAAACUAAAGAGAAAGAGGAGGAACCUGAAAAAACAACAGAAGAUGCUUCCAGUAAAACUCAAGAGCCGAAAGCCACCAAACGUGGUGUAAAAGAGUCAUUUGUAUAAUACAGAGCAUUUCUGGCCAACAAUAAAUUGGCUCUGGUUCCAAAAAGACUUAUUUUACAACUCUCUCACAAGGGCCCUUCCAUAUUUUCUGCUAUCAGGAGCUAUGUUCUCUUAAACAGAGUUGAGGGAUUCAGAUAAACAUCUUAACUUUGGAAGUAGAGCCUAUUCUGGUUUCUACUUUUCUAAUUCACCACAAUGCCGAAAGAAAUUUUUAAAAUGAGGUGAAUAUGAAUUAUCUCUAUUGCUGGUGACAAAAAAGGAGUUUUAGUUUAAUUUUAGCUGAUUCUUAGCAUGUUCCUGGGCCACUUCUGAGGUUAAUUCUUCCCUAUUAGAGUUUGAAGAAGUUUAGGAAGAAGAUAAAGAAGAGAAGGAAAUGGCCAUGGAUGUGAGUCUUGAUCACUGCUGUGAGUCUUGAUCAGAGCCAAGCUAAUAUAUGGAAACGGGAGAUUAUGUCAGAGGAACACAACUGGAGUUGUGUACUUUAUACAAUUAAAGAACAAUCAUUCACCCACAAAAGCCUGGAUUUUAUGACCUGAAUCAAUUAUGCAAUUUUCCUGUGGCUGCAUAUCUUACCUAAUUUAUUCUGCUAGCCAUGGGGAACUCUGAAGCCUUGCCACCGUAUAACUGGUAAUUGUGUGCUAAAAGUGACUGCAAUACGCACCACUUCUAAGAUUUCUUCAGUUCCUACAAACUUUUGAAUAUCUCAAUUUAUCAAAGAAAGCUCAAGUUCUAAAGUCACUGAAUUUAGUGCCCAAUCCUCAUGUCUGUUGUUUUGCAGAAAGUGCACUCGAUCGUGGAAAGCAGAAUAUUCAGAAAUCUAUUAGUGACAUACUUUGAAAUAUGAUCAAAAUUUCAUCUUCAGCCAUUUUCUUUCCAUUUCCUAUCUGUGUCUUGAAGACACUAGCAGUGAAAAUUGCCGCCUACAUUGCUCCCCAGAUAUUAGGAGCUGGAUACAUCUGAUUUUUACUGGUAACGGACUGAUGUGCUUUGGCUUAGGAAUCUUUCCAGCAUGUAAAAGCAAGGUGAAAGUUAAUAAUGAAAUAACGGAAUGUUUUUCUGAACAUAAAUCUGCAAAGUCUUAAAAAUUUGGUUUGGCUUUUCCCUUUGGGGUCUUUGAAUGGUCUUAAACAAUUUUUGUUAGACAUGGUUUAAAGUACAAUUAAGUCUUAACCAUUUGCACUCUAUUAAAAGAUUCUUUUAAAGAAAAAAUCAAAAGCAACAAACUAAUCAGUUCUCAGGGUUUAUUGUCAGCUUUGAAAUGUUUCCAAGUUAAUUCUCAAUUCUGUCGAAUAUCUAUAAAUACAAACUGCACAUUUCUGUAUCUGCCACAUUGCCGUUUUCUUCUUUAAAAGUACAUCACAGCUAUGGUUUAGAAUACUGUAUGUGCUGUUCUCGUCUCCCACAGUCCAGAAAUCUCUCACUUUGUUUUGCCCUCCUUUCCUGCCAUACAAUGGGCAGGGAUGGUAUAGAAGUCUGGACUUCACACAUUUCUUUUACACAAUUAGUGAACUAUAUAAUUCCCAUGCUGGUCUGGUGCAUUACAAAAUCAGAAAGGUAGGAACUGCCAUCGGUAUAUUCCAAUAAGAUAGUUCAUUUUUCUUAAUAUGACUCCAUGUUGCUGAAAGUACAAACAGCUCAGUUGUAGCAGUACAAGAAAUUUGCCCUACUGAAAUAAAUAGUUUCUGUGCAAAAGCAAGGGAUUCUUAUGCAACCUUCAUUUGUUUCAGCUGUAGUUGUACAAGAUGUUCUUGUACUGCUGCAACUGAGCUGUUUGUGCUCUCAGCCGCGUGGAGUCAAAUUAAGAAAAAUAAUGGAUAAACACAAUGUUUUAAAACAGAAUGUCUUCCAAUUUUAACAAGGGCUUUGACUUCUUUGGCCUGUUUAUCCCACCCUACCUUUGAGAUAGCUGUGAUUGCCUACUCUAUAACACACACACACACUUUUAUUUAUUAGUGUGUGUAUGUGUGUGUGUAUAUAUAUAUAUACACACACAAAAUCAUGCAAAUCGGCUAUUCCUACCAGCCCCUAGAGAAGGUUUCCUGAGCAACUGCAAAUGAAACCAGCAUGUGGCAAGUUUUCUUGGAGAUGGACACUCCAAACGACACUGGAUAUGGAUUUGUCCUUGUAAGAGCAAAGGAUCUGUCCUGGUGUUGCUGAACUGCUUCCCUAGAUAAGUAAUGUGUGUCCAUAAUUAAAUAUGCAUGAUUAGAGUGGUCAUGUCCUGUUUUAUCCAUAUCUAAAACUCAAGAGGUGUUGGUUGGGCUCAUUUCUACUGGAACCCACUAUACACAACAAUGCUUCUCUGGCCCAGUUGUGACAUCACUGAACCACAUCCUCUCCUUGUGACAUCAGAAAACGACUUGCAUUCCUUCCCCAGAGCAGAUGGUAAAAAUUGGAUUAGAUUUAAUUGUAGAAGGUGAUAUAUAUACUACCAUUUUGUUAAACUUGCAAAAUGCCUGAAACAUGGAAGGAAGGGAAAACAAGAAAAUCAGAAUUGGACUGAGAUGGAAUUAUGCAUGUCAUUCAAAGAGUAGACCAGAGGGAGAUUGAGCUUGCUCUUUGAAAGAAGAAUAUAUAGAUUGCAGUUAGUAUGUAUAUUACAUACUUGAAAUAUGGUUCACAAACCAAUAACACAUAGAAAACUUUAUAGGCUUCCUUUUAUGAGAGUAUACUUGUACUAUCUAUCCAUUAAAUUGACAUGAGCUUCCUAUUAUCACCCCACACAGCUGGUUUGUGUGCAUUCAGUGUAAGUUAUUUCUCUUUCUCUUUUCCUCUCAGAAAACUGUUUUUGCUCAUUAGUUGCAUUUACAAAAUGAGGAACCCUGUCUUUGUUACUUAAUUGACAAUCCUUGAGCUGAUCCCAUACAUCAAAAACAGUCUCAAAGCCAACAAGGGAGAAUAUAGACCCUUCCAGAUGAUGCUACACUACUCCCACCAUUCUUCACCUAUCUGGUUGUUAUUUAGGACUGAUGGGGAUUGGAGUACCACACAUUCUGGAGGAAUGCACUUUGUCCAUCUCUGGCCUACAAGCUCAUAUUCUGUAAUUCAAGUCUUAAUCCAUACAAAAUCCAACCAUACCCAUAGUUCAAAUUAUAGUUUAAAAAAAUCAGAUUAAAAAUAAUGUGGAGUCUGAAUAUUUGCAAGCAGAACGUGCUAUGCUUACCUGUGAAAACUGGAUUGUUUUGCACAAGUUUUAAAGAAUUGAUAAGAAAAUGCUGCUAAUGAGUAUAUAUUUCCAGUUAUGUCACUCAACAAAUAAACAUUUCUAAAAAAAUAAUGAGGUAAAAAGGGGGGAAGCAUUUUCUACUCUCAGUUUCUUCAAACAGAGAUUACAGUUCUUCAGCAGAGGGGUGUGUGUGUUGGGUAGUUUUCUGGGAUGUUAUUCAGCACCUUAUUGUUGGGAAUGCUUCUCUUUACAAGUGGGUUUUUUUUUCCAAUUGUCAGUCCAGUUGGAAUAUCUCAGUUUUCAAGGUCUCCUGGGGCAGGGGACCCAUCCAGUAAAUGUAUCAUUUGAGACAGGGUUUCCAAUUGUGUUUACACGUGAACAGCUGUGGGAAGAGAGCUGCUCUGUUUCAAAUGGACUGUGUUGCUUGUACAUAUGUGAUCUUCUGUACUGAGAACAACUCUAAUUUUAUUAGAUUGUGCAAUGUUUUCUUUGUACAUUUCUUAAAAUAAAAUCUGUAAAUGAGCAAUUAUUACA